AUGAUAACAGUUAAAGAUGAAAAACCUAUGUCAAUAACAGACAUUUUAAGGAAAAAGAAUCGAAACAACAAAGAAACAUCAACAGUAUUAUCUCAAUCUUCUCUAAAAAACUCUUUACCCUCUAUUUCACCCAACAUUUACGUUAAAGGAAAAGACAUGCAUCAUCAUAAAAUACAAGAAUUACAAACAACUUGUGCAAUAUGUAUAGAAGAAUUUCAAGAUGAUGAAUUAUUGAGAGUAUUACCAUGUGAACAUGAAUUCCAUGCCAAAUGCAUUGUUGCAAUUAGUAGUCCCGUAUCAAGAAGUCCUAAAACAGAUAAUGAAGAAUACAUGGUGGAAAAACUUGCUGGAUCACUUGAGGGACUUGAUGAAGAAAAAAUAGAAUCAAUUGAUCCACAAGAAUUAUCAACUAAACAAGGAUUUACUAUAAACUUUGGUCCGCAACAUCCUGCAGCACAUGGAGUUUUGAGAAUGAUCUUAGAAUUGAAAGGAGAGGAAAUUGUUCGUGCGGAUCCACACGUUGGAUUAUUACAUCGUGGUACAGAAAAAUUAAUUGAAUAUAAAAAUUAUUUACAAGCUUUACCUUAUUUUGAUCGAUUGGAUUAUGUCUCAAUGAUGACCAACGAACAAUGUUAUUCACUGGCGGUGGAAAAGUUAUUAAAUAUCGAGAUUCCGGAACGGGCAAAAUUUAUUCGCACAUUGUUUGCAGAAAUUACAAGAAUUUUGAAUCACAUUAUGGCAGUGAUGUCACAUUCUCUUGAUAUUGGGGCUUUAACACCUUUCUUGUGGAUGUUUGAGGAACGUGAAAAGUUAAUGGAAUUCUAUGAACGAGUAUCUGGCGCACGUAUGCAUGCUGCUUACAUACGUCCUGGUGGAGUUGCACAAGAUAUGCCUCUUGGUUUAAUGGAAGAUAUUUAUCAAUGGUCAACUCAGUUUGCUUCACGUGUUGACGAAACUGAAGAGUUAUUAACUACUAAUCGUAUUUGGGUAAACCGUACAAAAGACAUUGGUAAAGUUACAGUUCAAAAUGCUUUAGAUUAUAGUUUUUCGGGAGUGAUGUUACGUGGAUCCGGGGUUAAAUGGGAUUUACGUAAAGUUCAACCAUAUGAUGCAUAUGAUCAAGUAGAAUUUGAUGUACCAGUUGGUACUACAGGAGAUUGUUAUGAUAGAUAUCUUUGUCGAGUUGAAGAAAUGAGACAAAGUCUAAGAAUUAUUCAUCAAUGUUUAAAUAAAAUGCCACCCGGAGCUGUAAAAGUUGAUGAUUGGAAGAUAUCACCACCAAAUAGAUCUUCAAUGAAAGAAAGUAUGGAAGCAUUGAUUCACCAUUUCAAAUUGUACUCGGAAGGAUAUUCUGUUCCACCUGGUGAAACUUAUACUGCAAUUGAAGCACCAAAAGGAGAGUUCGGUGUUUAUCUUGUUUCUGAUGGAACAAAUCGUCCAUAUAGAUGCAAAAUCCGUGCACCGGGAUUCGCUCAUUUAGCAGGCUCUGAUUUUAUGUCUCGUGGGCAUUACAUUCCUGAUAUGGUUACAGUGAUAGGCACCAUGGAUAUUGUAUUUGGUGAAAUAGAUAGAUAA